AUUUCGACCCCUCCUCGACCACGGAGAAGAAGAGGACGGUUUAUCAGAUGGCCCUCAACAAGCUGGACGAGAUUCUGGCCGCCGCCCAGCAGAGCAUCAGCGCGGGGGAGGGGCCGGGGGCGCCCCUGGGACCCCCCCUGGGCAAGGGGGGGCGCCCCCCCAAAGGCUUCUUCAGCACCGAGGGUCCCUUCGAGCGCCCCCUGCUGCCCCCGGGCCCCCCCCCGGGGCUGAUGCUGCGCCAGAAAUCCAUCGGUGCCCCGGAGGAGGAGCGGCCGUUCCUGGCGCCGCCCCCGGGCCGUUUCUCGCGCAGCCUCUCGGUGCCCGGCUCGGACGAGAUCCCCCCUCCCCCCACCACCUCCCCCCCCGAGCCCCCCUACUCCGCCCCUGCCCCCCCCAGCCCUCGCCACGCCCCCCCGGGGGGUCCGGCCAAGCCGCUGCGGCGCAAGGGGCCGCUGGUGAAGCAAACCAAGGUGGAGGGGGAGGGGGGCGGUGGGGGAGGGGCGGGGGGCGGGGACAAGAGCUCUAUCGCGAUACCCACGAUAGUGGUCAAGGCGCCCUCCACCUCCAGCUCGGGCCGCAGCAGCCGCGGGAGCAGCGUGGAGGCCGAGGGGGGGGCUGGGGGAGGGGGAGGGGCGGCGGCGACCCCCGAGGUGGGGGUGGGGGUGGGGGGAGGGGGAGGGGGAGGAGGGGUCUCUCCCUGCGCCCCUCCCCCCCCGCAGGGUUUGGAUUUCACCUCGCAGUUCGGGGCGGCGCUGGUGGGGGCGGGGCGGAGGGAGUGGGGGGCGGGGCGGCGCUCGGCGCUCUUCCUCAGCACCGAGGAGGAUGAGGAGGGUGGGGGAGGGGCUCCGGGAGGGGGGGGGGUUGGGCCCUCCCCCCGCCAGCCGCGCUUACGUCACUCCAAAAGCAUCGACGAGGGGAUGUUCGCGGCCGCUGGGGGAGGGGCGGGGCCCGCCCCCUCGGUGGACGCGGACGAGGAGCUGCUGCUGGCCGAGCCCCUCCCCCCGCCCCUGGAGUUCGCCAACAGCUUCGAGACCCCUCCCCCUCCCCUCCCCCCCCUCGCGCGACGGCGCAGCGAGGGGGGAUGGGCGCGCCCUGGAGCCGCGCGGGACUCGAGGGAGGAUUCGCGGGGAGGCACAGGCUCACGGACUCCACCCGCCCCUCCCCCCCCCUCCUCCGCCACCACCAAGCCCCUCCCCCCGACCUCCGCCCUCUUCCCCCAUUGGCCGCCUCCCCCUCCCAAACCCUCGGUGGGCGUGGCCGUGGGCGGCGACCUGGACGUGCGCCCGCCCCUCCGCCGCGCGCCCAGCCCCGCCCCUCCCCCCUCGGAGCGCCGCGGCAGCCCCGCCCCCCGCCCCGCCUCGCUGCCCACCUUACCUGCCGCUCACCUGUACGGCGGCGCCGCCGCUUACCUGGAGCUCCGCUCGCUCUCCCCGCCCCGCGCCGCCGCCGCCGCCGCCGCCGGCCCCGCCCCCCCGAAGCCUUUUGGGGCCAAACCUUUGGCUUUUUGGAGCAAGUUCGACGUGGCCGACUGGCUGGAGUCGCUGAACCUGGGCGAGCACCGCGCGCGCUUCCUGCACAACGAGAUCGACGGCACGCACCUGCCCGCGCUCACCAAGGAGGAUUACAUCGACCUGGGCGUGACGCGCGUCGGGCACCGCAUGAACAUCGACCGCCUGCGCCUCUUCCUCGAGAGGUGA